AUGUCGUCGCCCUUCAAAGAGCAAGAUUCCUCGAGCACUAAUCCAUCUCCACCAGUGCCCGAUUCAGAAACUCCGCGAAAAAAGCGCAGGCAACGUCAAAGGCACAAAAAGAAAUCCGCCCAGAUCGAAGACGCGGGCAGCGAGUCGAGCUGUGAUUUGGAGGGUGGUGGGGUGUCGCUCGGGUUGUAUCAUGGGAGGAAUACGGGGCUGAAUCCAUAUCGUGACUUGACUAAUGGUGCGGGUGAGGGUAGUAGUGGUGGGAUGGAAAAUCAGCGAGUAGCUCCAAAUCGGCAGCAAGGCGAUGCUCCAAGAGGGUCUGAGGCACAAAUUCUCAAGACCUUGGGAACAAGAUUGGAUCAAGAAGUCGACGAUAUCAUCCAACACAUGCGCGAACGAAAAUUCUCUAUGGCACCACCAAUAUUCAACGAUAUCCGACGACUAUCGACCGACUCUAGUCCCGACUCACAGGCGGUGGAAACUCCUCCGCCCAAUGAUCUACCACAGCCAUUACCAAUAUCCAAUCCCGUUUCCAGCGCAGCAGAGACUCCUAGUCCCGAUGAGCCAGCCUAUCAAUGGACAACUGUGUCUCUCUCCGAUGUCGUACUCAAACGCGAAAUCAGGGUUAAUCCAACAACGCAUCCCGAGCUCUUCCAAACACCGAAACGAUGGACUUAUCGAGGCGGAAAGUUAUGGACGCGUUGGAGACGAGGUUGUCUUGCGAAGAAUUCCGGGCGUCUUUGA